GCGCGCCGGUGCGGCAAGCGCGCUCUUCAGUGUUCUGGCUGAGCUUCAAGCGAGCGCGUGCUGGCCGGCUGCCGUCCGUAGGUGCUUCUUAGCUGUCAAAAAUAUUUGCUGGGGCAUAGUUAGCGGUAACCGUUGGGACUGUUGGAGGGUUGGACUGAGUGGUUGGUGCUGGAUGCGGUCGGUGGGCUGCUGAGUGAGGGUGGCUCGACCAUGUUGAUAUCUGCGGGCAGCGGCCCCACGCCCGAGUUCUCCCCCGCGUCGUGCUGCGCACCCUGGAAGAUGGAGCCGGCACCUCCUGCUCCCGCCGCCCUUACACAACCGCUCAAUAUUUCGCCGAACGUGGCAGUGUCCCCGUCGUCGUCGGCGAGUGGCGGCGCGGGCGCAGGCGCGGGCGGCGGGGCCGGCACCCCGCUGUAUCCCGGCGCGCACCCACUGUCUUCGCUGCUGUCUCAGCAGCGGCUGCUGGAACUCUCCCGCUUCGGCCUCCGACACUACGACAUCGCACACCACGUGCUCUCCCAGCAAGGUGCUGUUACCAAGUUGCUUGGAACCCUGCGGCCGCCUGGUCUGAUUGGUGGCAGCAAGCCGAAAGUGGCGACUCCGGCCGUGGUUUCCAAGAUCGAGCAGUACAAGCGGGAAAACCCCACCAUCUUCGCCUGGGAGAUCCGCGAAAGACUCAUAUCUGAAGGUGUGUGUACGAACGCGACGGCCCCGAGCGUGUCGUCAAUCAACAGAAUAUUGCGGAACAGAGCAGCGGAGCGCGCAGCGGCGGAGUUUGCGCGUGCGGCGGGGUACGGGCUGUAUGCGGCGCCGCCGCCCUACGGCGCGUUCCCGUGGGCAGGCGGCGGCGGUGUGUGGCCGCCCGGCGCGCUGUCGCUGCCGCCCGGCGUGCCCGCACCGCCCAGCCACCCCGACGCCAUGCAGCAGGGGUUCCUCUCGUCCAGCCGGGGACUUAUCGGUAAGAUUGAUGUCGACGGGGAUGACUCCGGAUCUUUAGACGGCGAACAACCUAAAUUUAGAAGAAACCGCACCACUUUCAGUCCGGAUCAGUUGGAAGAACUGGAAAAGGAAUUUGAGAAAUCCCAUUACCCAUGUGUGUCGACGCGAGAACGACUCGCAUCCAAGACGUCGCUGUCGGAAGCGCGCGUUCAGGUUUGGUUUUCCAACAGACGAGCCAAGUGGAGACGCCACCAGCGUAUGAACCUCCUCAAGCGAGGUGGCGGCUCCCCCCCGCACCGCCUCCCCCACACCCCCUCUCGUUCCCGCUCGCGCUCGUUGUCCCCCGCGCGCAACCCCUACCACACCCCUCAAAUGGGCGGCGAGAAUAGCGCGUUCAAGGCUCUCUCACACCAAGACACGAAUGCUCUGAAGGCUUUAUCGCACCAGGCGCAGUUCGAUAGUAACGCACUGAAAGCUUUGACGCAGCAGACGGCGUUCGAUGCGGGUGCGUUCAAGCCGCACCCCGCGCUUGAGAAUAGCGCGUUUAAGGUGCUGGUGCCGCACUCGGCGGCGGCGGCGCUGCUGGCGGCGCAGUCCAUCCAGCUGGCCCGCGGCUACGAUUCCCACUCCGACUCCGACGAGGAGAUCAACGUGCACGACGAGAGCGACGGCGAAGCCGACCGGCCGCGGCCGCGACACACGCCGCGCUCGCGCACCCCCAGCCCCGCGCAUGCGCGACCCCCGCCCGCUGACCUGCCCCUACAACUCACUAAACACGACCGCUGAUGUACAAGUAUUCAAAUUACGUCAAAGUAUUAUUUUAGUAUUCCUACGAAUGUUGAUGUUCCGAAUAAUUAUGCAAAUUCAAAUCCUAGAGUGCUAAUACUCGAGUUUGCUUGUAAAUUAAUGUAAAUAUGUAGUCAAUUAGGUUGUUGUUUAAUUAAUGGAAAGAUGAAUGUUUAUGUAUGUUAUUAAGCACAAACGAUGUUUCAUUGAGUGAAAGAUGAGAAAUGUAGGUUGAGUCUCUUUUCAUUUGGUUCUUGAAUGGUUUUGAGUGUGAACUCGUUUUUAUAAUUGUUAAUCAGUAUAAAGAACCGUAACUGUAUGAACUAGGUGAGAGUUGUUGAUAUAGAAUACCAAAGUAUUAUUUUGAAGCAUGGUUUCCGGGAAACAAAAGUUCCUAUUUGUUUUCAAUCCUAAUUCAUAAUACAAAUUAACUUAGGUGUUAUUUAGAUAGUGCCUACCAUAAAUAACACGUACUUAGGUCUCAUUGAUAAACUGUGUUUGCAUACCAACAUUUGCGUACAAUAAAAUUUAUCUUCAUUUAAUAAUAAAAUUUAAAAUAAUAAAAAGACCUUUUAUUGUUGUGUAAAUACUUAUUGUUACAUUUCUUAAUCACUGUGUACUAUUUAUUACCUAGACAAAUGUAAUUUUAUUGUACUAUACUAGGCAA